AUGCAUAGGCAGCGGAAUGAAACGGAACGUUUAGACCAUGAGUCUAACUCAAGCAAACCAAACAUUUUAUCAAGAUGGUUCAUUGAAGAUGAUGCAGCUGAGCUAUUUACACGUUCCAUUUUUUACAAAGUUCAAGAAGAAAUUUUGGCAUCUUGCUUGGAUAUGCAAAUCAAGAGAAUGAGUGAAGAAGUUGAUGGGGUAACUCAUUUUGAAAUAAAGGAUGUCAAAGUUAAAGAUAAACUUUUUAAGGUUACUGUUAGCAAAUCACAUGCCGUAUGUUCGUGCAAACAAUUUGUUAUGUGUGGAAUUGUUUGUAGGCAUGCUUUCUGUGGCUUAAAGCAGAUUGGUGUCACAAAAUUUCCAAGGAGUCUCGUGCUUAAUCGUUGGAUGAAAGUUGCAGAAAGUGGCACUUCAUUGGAAUCUAAUGUUGUGUGUUCGGAUUAUUUUAAAAUGGAGCAAGUGUCGUUGAAGUUGACAAACUUAUGGUUUGAUUUUCGUCAGAUUCUUAGCAAAGCUGGAGUUGAAAUGGAUAAGCUUGACUAUGUUCACAAAAUCAUUAAGCAGAUAAGUAGUGAUUUUGAAAAGUAUGAUGGAGAUUCUGUUGAUUUUACUAAAAAGGAUCAUAUGGCAGCUAUGGUAGGUGAACAGCCGGUUGAAGAGGUUACCAUUCUUGCACCAACUGUUUCCAGGAACAAGGGAAAUUAUUUCAAGCGUCUUGUGAGUGAUAGAGAGAAAGCAAUGACAAAAGCAAAUAAAAGAGUUCGAAGAUGUAAAGAAUGUUCGGCAACCACUCAUGAUUCGAGAACUUGUCCGAAGAAAAAGAAGGAUGGAGGAGCUGUAGUUUCGAAUAUGUUGUGAAUAUGAUUUUAAUUUUCAAUUUUAAAAGACCUUGUGCACUUGUCUUUAUAAAGUGUUAAGUACAUUUUGAUUUUAUGUUUUCUGAGUACAUUUUGAUUGUUUAUAAA